AUGUUAAAUGCCCAUGACAUCAAAAUAAGUAAUGUUCAUGAUGGGAAAAAUAUGAUAAAAAAGAUGAUGAGUUGUAGGAAGGUUCUUGUUGUUCUCGAUGAUGUGGAUCAUAUAGACCAACUAAAGGCGUUAGCGGGUGAGCUUAAUUGGUUUAGUAAGGGAAGUAGAAUUAUCAUCACAACAAGAGAUGAGCAAGUGUUGGUAGCACAUCGAGUKARCUUGAUACGUGAURUCGAUCUUUUAUCUSAAGRGGAAGCCAUUUGCCUCCUCAGUAGGUAUGCRUUYGGGAGASAGAGUCCAAUUGAAGAGUACAAAGAGCUAUCRGGACAAGUGGCAAGUUAUGCUGCUGGACUUCCCUUAACGAUCACAGUUUUGGGUUCGUUUCUGUGUGGUAAAAAUGAGCUUGAAUGGAAAGAUGCUAUAGAAAGACUAAAAACAAUUCCAUUGAAGGAAACUUUAGAAAAGUUGGAGUUAAGCUAUAUUGGUCUAGAGGAGGAUUACAAGGAAAUAUUCCUAGAUGUUGCAUGUAUAWUGAAAGGUUGGAAGAAAGAGAGGGCAAUCGAAGUGCUUGAAAGCUGUGGAUUUCAUGCUAGAAAUGGUUUAAGAGUUCUUGAGCGAAAAUCUCUCAUAACUAUUUCUAAAAGCGUGUAUGGUGAGCACUUGGGCAUGCAUGACCAUAUAGAAGAAAUGGGCAAGAAUAUUGUUCGCCGCUUGCACCCGAAGGAGCCUUACAGACAUAGUCGAUUGUGGAUUGCAGAGGAAAUUGAAAACAUAUUGGUUAAUAAUCAGGGUACUGAAGCAACAACAGGUAUAGAAUGGAGUAUAGACUCAGAACUCGAUCCAGAAAUUUUGAAAGGCCUUGGAAACAUGAAGAAUCUUAGAUAUCUUCUGCUGGAUCUUGAUUUCGAUUUGGAAUGUGAUGAAGUUAGCCAAUACCUUCCAAAUGCUUUACGAUAUCUAUGCUGGUACGGGCACCCUUUUGGAUCCUUACCCAGAACAUUUGAAGCAAAUAAUCUUGUUGGACUUGACAUGCAGCAAAGCAGAAUUGUACAAGUUUGGGAAGGGGGAGAAAGAAAGGUUCUUAAGAACCUCAGAUUCCUUACUUUUAAAUAUUCAAACUUGAAGAGCCUUGAUCUUGGUCUUUUUCCGAAUCUAGAGAAAUUAAAAAUUGAAGGUUGUGAUGAUUUUGAAGAACUUCACGUUCCCGUUGAAUGUCUAUGGCUCAAAUCCCUUGUCCUCAAUUCUUCUAAGUUGAGGACCCUUGACUUUCGAGGGAAUCCGUAUCUCGAGACAUUAAGUCUUGUUGGAUGUGAUGAUUUGGAAGAACUUCACAUGCCCGUUGAAUGGCUAAGGCUCAAAUCCCUUGUCCUCAAUUCUUCUAAGUUGAGGACCCUUGACUUUCGAGGGAAUCCGUAUCUCGAGACAUUAAGUCUUAUAGGAUGUGAUGAUUUGGAAGAACUUCACAUGCCCGUUGAAUGGCUAAGGCUCAAAUCCCUUUACCUCAGGUCUUCUAAGUUGAGGCCCCUUGACCUUGAGCGUUUUUCUCAAAGCAUUUGUGGUUUACGAUAUUUAAGAAAGCUUACACUCGAAGGUGGUAUUCCAGAGUCACCCAAAGACCUUGACCGAUUGGAAUGUCUAGAGGAGCUAAAUUUGUUGUCUACGAAGAUUACACAUCUGCCGGAUAGCAUUUGUAAGCUAAAACAUCUGAAAUAUCUCAAACUUGAUCGUUGUUGGUUUCUUGAGACGUUAACUGAAGAUCUUGGCCGAUUAGAAUGUUUAGAGAAGCUAAUCCUAUCGGAGUGUGUAUUUCUACGACAUAUUCCCGACAGCAUCUGUAAUAUGAAACUUCUGCGGUUUUUUCUUCUCCCUCUUUGUAUUGCGAUUGAGAAAUUACCGGAGGAAAUUGGACAAUUAAAAUGCUUAACAGAGUUAAAUAUAGAAGGUACAAACAUAAGACAUCUUCCUGAAAGCAUUUUUGAGUUGCGAUUUCUGCGCAUUGUUGGUUAUAGAUGGCUUCUUCAGUCGUAUGGUUUUACAUCCGAGAUACAAACCUCAGAAGACGAAACAUUCUGCUACAUAGAGCUGUGA